AUGUCGCACUCAUCAACAAGAAAAGCUGGAGACAAGAACAGGCUGUCAGAGUCGAUAUUACAGGGAUUCACCUGCAGCGCAGUUCAGAAUCUACCACGGUCAAAAGUCACACAGCUGGUAAAAGCCUGUAGACCACGUGAUGGCAGGAACAAGGUCGUCCUGAAAGAGUCCCAGCUGACCUGCAUGUACAAUUACGUGAAAGAUGAAUCAUCUCUGACCUUCACUGACUUUCCUGCUGACAUGCUUCUCUACUACAGCCUUGGGACACUGACGAGUGUGAACUGUGAGUCGUAUUUCAGAGCUCUGGGUGGAGCAGAUUUCUCGGUCCUCUCCAGCAUCCUUAACAGACAAUCCGCCUUGUUCAUGACUGCAAAGGACUGCCUGGGUAUAUCUGGUGUAAGGACUCAACGGGACUCAGGUGGAGGACUGAACAGGACUCAGGUGGAGAUUCUGGGUAAUAUGGCCUGCACACUGGACCCCACCUACAUCCAGAACUCUGACCCACUCAUCCUGGAGAAACUGAAGAACUGUGGAGAUCUUUCUGACUCUCAGGUCACCGCCAUACAGACACUGCUCUUCUCCGGCAAUACUUCUUACGGUAAUUCCUCAACAUGGAAUCAGCAGACUCUGGUCCAGCUGGGCAUCCUGCCCCUCUACUUCAAUCAAGACUUCUGGGGCAUAUUUAGCUCUACGACAAUAAAGACCUUCCUGAAGACGUUCUUUCCAUCCCUGAGGAAGCAGAAUAUCCAGAAUUGGAAACUCAGGAGAUUGUUUACAGCAGCAAACAGUUUUACAAGCAAAAGCAUUAAUACCAAAGCCAGAGCACUCACAAGAGCAGCAUGCACAACAGGCAACAUCACAGAAGCAACAAUUAAAGAUACUUCAUUCCCUCUCGGCUAUGACUCCACCCAGUUUGAUGCAUGUUUGGACAACGGAUUCCUGAAAGAGAACAUAGCAGCCAUCACUGAAAAAGUGAUAGAAACCAGCUUCCUGACAGUCGUUCUUAACAAAUUAAACCAGUUGUUCCCAUCAGGCCUUCCAGACAGUGUGGUGCAGAUUCUGAACGCCGUGUCUCGUGUGGCCACUGUUAGUGACAUCACCAAGUGGAACAUCACCACAAUUGAUGCACUGUCCUCUCUGAUGAAUUCAAUUAACGGAAACUGGACCUCAGAUCAGAGUAAAGCAGUGAUUAUGAAGUAUCUGAGCGUGGCUGGUAACACUCUGGGAACAGCUGAGAUAAAUGCAAUCGGCUCCUACCUUUGUUCCUUGGAUCCCAGUGUCCUCAAAACUAUCACUGCUCAAAGCCUAAGGACAGCAAACCGCAUGAUUUUAUCCUCAUGUUCCAUCGAUCAGCAAUCAGCUCUGUACAGCAUCGCAAAGUCCUCAUUCAGCGCCCAACGCAGUGACCCAACAGCAUAUUACCAACUCAUCAGCACUUACCUGGGUGGAGCUCCUGUAGAGGAUAUAAUUGCUCUUUCUGCUCUCAACAUCAGCAUGGAUAUCACCACCUUCUUGAAUCUGAACCCAGAUGUGAUCAAGGCCCUGAAUGUGAACACAGUGAUCAGCCUGAUGGGAUUGAACGUGGCUGACCUGAAGCUGUUUGAGAACACCACAACGGUCAGGAUGUGGGCGGCUGAGCAGUACAAUUCUGAGUUGGUGGUACUCGGACUUUCAGGAGGCAAAGCGGACCCCGUCAGCUCAACAGCUGCACCGGCCACUACAGUCACAACACUACUAACUAACACCAUCAUCACACAGACCAACCAGACCGUCAACGCCACGACGGGUUUAGGUGUUGUACAUCGUGGUUCAGGACUGUGGCUCAUCUCUCUGUGUGCAGGACUUCUGACCAUCACACUGCACACAUUAUGAUAACCAUCUACCCAUCUAACCCUCUUACAUAGCACACUUCUAAUGCACUGCACUCUA